GGAAUUUUACAAAUUCUUGGAAGAAAAUGACUCCACGCUGCUGAAUUUCGAUGCCUCCGAUAGCUCUGAUGAAGAGGAUGGGCUUCACGUGUUGCCUGAAAACUUAGAGACCAACAGUGUGAGCCCAUCAACUUUUUCAAAAUGGAAGCAAGAAAAUCCAUGGCUGGAGAUGUUUUAUUGAUGUUAUGAUAUGCUGUGUCUGCAAAGAGUUUUCCCAGGCUGAGGACACGAGUUUUGUGAAAGACCGUGCAACAUUAAAGAAUGAAACGGUGAGUUUAUAGUUAUAUUCUGCAUAUACAAUUUUCUAUAUUUGCUAAUGUGACAGUUUUGUGAUAUGGAAGGAAGUGAGUGACAUCUGACUUAAGAGGACUAAGUGAUUUAAAUUCUCAGGGAUGGGGAGCCCAGAAGCAGCUUUAAGAUCCAGAUGCUGUGAAAAGCAGGAUAUAUUCUUUGCUUAUGAUAGUAUUUUUUUUCUUGUUAAUUUUGCUGUUUUAAAUGUAGAAUUUAUAUUUGACCUCCUUUAACAAUGUUUCCUUUUGAGGUGUUUAAUAUAUAUAUUUUUGUUAGCUGUUCUGUGUUAUUAAAUGUGCAUUCUAUAGUUACCUCCUUUGUAACUAUAUUUUCAAAUCUUUAUAUUUUCAAAUCUUUGUAACUAUAUUUUGAAAUCUUUAAGAUAGUUUUUUAGUUUCCUGUUAAUUGUUUUGCUUUGAAUGUGUUACACGAAUUUUAAGGUGCAAACACCUAGCAGCCUCCCCCCCUUAAGUAACAACUCUUCAAGCUUAAACAAUUUAGGAAAUAUCCGCUUGAGAAAAAGAGAAUUUAUUUUAGUGGAUAUACCGUAACUUAGGGCAAAAAGCAAGGCUAUUUUUAGCCUCCAGUUGAACCGUGAGACUCCCUACCAAAUAGGUAACAGGAAGGUCUUGAUGAGAACUUUCCCAAUAUAGACUGGCUGAGUUCUUUUCACUUGCAAAUAUCUCAAACCUAUAAAUGGUUUAACUUCUGCCAGCCCUCUGCAAAAAUAAAAAAAUAUAUAAAAUGGACCUGACAGAGGGGUAUCUGCUAUGUAAAUGGAGGCAGUUCUUUGGCCAAAGACAAAGAUAUUGAGAACAGCAUUUAAAUAGAAUUCUCCAGGAAAACAAUUAACAUGGAUUGUUUUGUUUGAUGUUUGAAAGUGUUGUAAACCACUUUGAGAUUUUUAAAGCUUAAAAUACAAAGUGGUUUAGGAAUGAAAUAAUAAUAAUAAUUUCAUUUUUCUUAACUUUUUCAGAUAAGAAAACAUGGUGCAUCUGCUACUCAGCAAGCAGGUGAAUCUGCCAAGUCAAGCCCAAUGGCACAGACAUUAAAAACAAUGGACAGCGAUUUGCGCAUGAAGGUGGAGAAGCUGUUCAACAUUGCCUACUUCGUUGCAAAGGAGAACUUUUCAUUUGAGCUCUUCCCAAUGAUAUGUGCGCUCCUGAGGAAGAUCGGUAUAAGACUAGGCGAGGCGCACACGGGUGAUGAGGCGGCCAAACAGAUUGUGCGUUACAUUGCCGAAAGCCUGCGUCUGGAACUCAGGGACAAAUUGAGUAAAGUAGAGUUCUUUGGGAUUUUGGCUGACGGCUCAACAGAUAGGUUGGCUGUGGCAUCUGACAUAAUUUACUUUUAUUAUAUAUUUGAAGGUGGACUGAAUGAAGUGCAGUUAUGGAGCUGUUAGGGAAUGUACUAGUGAGAAUGCAGCAGGUGAGAGGACAUCUACAAUCGAGUCAGUUCUCCGUGACUACGUACCCGACUGGAAAAGCAAGCUAACGGCGAUAAGUUUCGAUGGGGCCGGUGCUAAUACGGGGACUGUGUCUGGCGUAGCAAAACAGUUCCAAGACAACUGUCCAGGUUUAGUGGCAGUGCACUGUGUAGCUCACCGGCUGGAGCUUGUGAUAAGCGAUGCCUUCAAAUGUAUAAAAUUUGCUGGGAUUGCUGAAGAUGUUGUGUGUGGUAUAUACAUGUUUUACCACAGCCAUCCUGAAAGAACAAAGGAAUUGCUGAAAGAUAUUGAUGAAGUACUGCGCGAAAAAGUGCUUCGCCACAUAGGUAUUCGCAGAAUCAGCUGGUUGCAGUCAAAGAACUGUGUUGUGAAGGCAUUAGCAAACAAUCUCCCACUAGUGGUGGCAGACUUGGAGCGGAUUGUGAGUGGUUCUGGUGCAGAGUUGGACUGGAAGGAGGCAGAACUGAAGGAGUACUUGGAGCGUUUGAAGUCAGAACGGUUUGUAAGGUUUUUGUUUCUCAUGCACGAUGUUUCGAACACACUUGUGAGACUAUCUGAGGCGUUUCAGAGGAAGAGUGUGUCGGUUAAUGAUGUUGAAAUCAGUUUGGCUUUGGCAAGAGAAAGGCUGCGGAGGAUGGUAAAAGAAAGUGGCCCUCAGCUGCGAAAAUUCGAAAGUACCGUGCAAUUGGAAGACGGCGUGUUAGUGUACAAAGGUGUGAAAAUUGUUCGUAGUGCAAGUGAAAUGGAGUGCUUUGAGGAAGAUCGACGUGUCUUGCUGAGUUCAAUUGUGGAAGGAAUAAACAAACGGUUGGACAGUAUCAGAAAUGACAAAGUUCUACGAAAUGUGGAAAUAUUUGACCCAUGCAACGUACCCAAGCCAGUCGGUGAAAGGGACUUGUCUACAAGUAACCAUGGAGAAAAAGAAUUGAGUGAACUGAUGCAAGCAAUGCCCAUCAAUGUACAAGUUGACAAGGAAGCCAUCAUGGAGGAAUAUCAGGAUUUUAAAGUGUGGGCUCAGAAUAAGAGAGUCAUCACAUGUGAAGAAGCUUGGCAGCGUCUUCAAGCAGAGUCAACAGCUUCUGCUUCAUAUAUUAACAUAUGUAAAGUUUUGAACUUUUUACAGGUUCUCCCACUUAGUACUGCAGAAUGUGAGAGGGGCUUUAACCAGUUAAAUCUGAUGAAAACACACAUUUGGAAUAGCCCACUUGUGGCUACCGUUGAUGACUUACUAAUGGUCCAGAUGAAUGGCCCCAACCUGGAGGUUUUCAAUCCUGAAAAUGCAAUUAAUUUGUGGUGGAAGGAUGUUGCUAUAGAGCAUAUUGGAAGACCAGACUUUUAAAAAGAAAGACUAUUUUAAAAACUGAAGUAUGGUACCAAUAUUUGUUAUUGUAGAAGCAGAAUUAAACAUGAAGCCAGUGAUGAUGAAGAUGAUGAAGAAGAGCAAACCAGCAGACGGAAAAAAGUGGACUUCAUCAAUGUAAAUUUGAAGAUGGUGGAGCACUGGAAAGCAGCUGCAGAGAAGCAGCUCACAGCAAAGCUCUUCCACGAGAUCACCCAGGCUUUCAAAGCCUGCGUGGUAACAGCCAAGGGAGAUGCCUCGGGGCUGGAACCCGGCAAGUACAAAGUCACCGAUGGCACAGUGUUCAAUACCCUGGUGUCCUUCUGCAUUCGCGAUCUUUUUCAACUGCUGCAGAAAUUGCUUCAGGUGAAAGCUGCGAAAAACAAAUCCAAGGUGGUCCUUCCCUCUUCCAGUCCGCUUUGGGGAAAGCUUCGCUUAGACAUCAAAACUCACCUUGGCUGUACCAUCCAGCUCCUCUCAUGUUUGACAGAAUCCUCUGUGGGAGCUGCUGUCCUCCAGCACGUCAGCUCCAUCGUGCCUUAUUUCUUGACUUUUCCAAAACAAACUCGGAUGCUGCUCAAGCAAGCUACCCGUCUCUGGAGCACUGGCGAGGAAACCGUCAGGGUACUGGCUUUCCUGGUGCUCAACAAAAUCUGCCGGCAUAAAAAAGAUGUCUACUUGAACCCAGUUCUCAAGCAAAUGUAUAUUUCCUACGUGAAGAACUCCAGGUUCACCUCCCCCAAUGUCCUCCCUAUGAUCAACUUCAUGCAACGGACCCUGACGGAGAUGUACUCCCUCGACACCUCCAUCUCCUACCAGCAUGCCUUUAUCUACAUCCGCCAGCUGGCCAUCCAUUUGCGCAGCGCCAUGGCUGUGAAGAAGAAGGAAAACUACCAGUCUGUUUACAACUGGCAGUAUGUCCAUUGCCUGUACUUCUGGUGUCGGGUCCUGAGCACCAUCCAUCCGAACGACAUCAUGGAGCCUUUGAUCUACCCGUUGACCCAAGUCAUCAUUGGCUGCAUUAAGCUGGUGCCCACAGCUCGCUUCUACCCUCUGCGCAUGCACUGCGCCCGGGCCCUGACCCUGCUGUCGGAGAGCACUCGGACAUUCAUUCCUGUCUUGCCCUUUAUCUUGGAGGUUUUCCAGCAGGUAGACUUCAACAAGAAACCAGGACGCAUGAGUUCAAAACCCAUCAACUUCUCUGUUAUCUUGAAGCUCUCCAAUGCCAAUCUUCAGGAGAAGGCUUUCCGGGAUGGCCUCAUUGACCAGCUAUACGACCUGACUCUGGAGUAUCUUCACAGCCAGGCCUAUACAAUCGGUUUUCCAGAGCUUGCCCUCCCAACUAUUCUCCAGCUGAAAUCGUUCCUGAAGGAGUGCAAAGUUGCCAACUACUGCAAGACGAUCCGUCAGCUCUUGGAGAAGCUGCAGGAAAACUCUGCCUACAUCACCGGCAAGCGGCAGAAAGCCACCUUUGGCGUCGCUAACCGGGAGGCUGUGGAGCAAUGGGAGAAAAAGGUCAGAGAGGAAGGGACUCCGCUGAUGAAAUAUUAUGUGCAUUGGAAGAAGCUGAGGGAGAAGGAGAUACAGCUGGAGAUCAGUGGCAAAGAGCGGAUGGAAGAUCUGAACCUACCUGAAAUCAAGCGGAAGAAGCCGGGCGAAGAGAAGGAGGACGAUAAGAGGGAGUUCAAGGACCUUUUUGAGCUGGACAGCGACUCUGAAGAGGGGGAAGAUGCCGGUGGUGGCCUGUCUGUCAAAGGGAAAUCAAAGGCCAAGAAGGGCAGUAUAGAUGACACUUCAUUUGGCAGCAGUGAGGAAGAGGAUGACAGCGAUGAAGGAGAGUACAAAGUGGAGGACGAAGAAGAGGAUGACGACGUCGAGAGCUCCAGCGAGUCAGAUGGGGGAGGCGAAGGGGCCGGCCGCAAGGGUGUCGGGAAACAGCUGUCACGGGCGGAGCUGAAGCAGCUGGCACAGGGACCCGAAGACAUGGUGGAAGACUUGGACUUCUCUGAUGCUGACUGACAGCUGCACCGACAGACAACUGGGAUGGGUAUUGUGAGGGGCAAGGGGAAUGGAUCUGGAGGCGUUGUGUUUGUGGUAGGGUAACCCACGUGCCCCUUUAAAGCAGGGGCAGGAAGUUGCUCCGCUGAGGCCACGUCCCCCAAGGCACCACUUGAAAUGUGAAAAUCUUGUGCAGAAGAGUUUUAUAAGUUUUGGAGAAACACAGUAAAAUUUGUGGCUUUGCCAGCAGCAGUAAAGUGGCUCAGGCAAGGAGAUAAAAGGGCCCUUGUUAAACCUGCCACUUUAUAAAUAACGUGGGGAGGACAGAUCCGCCACCUCCAAAUCCCUGUUUUGUUGGAAGGAAGCCAGCCCCAAGCCCACCAGCAUGGCCAUAGCUUGUGUUGUCCAUUAUUAGCUAGGCACCGCUUCCAGUGGGGAAGCACCAGCAACUAACUGGUGGCAGGUAUCUCCUAAUGUUAUCUUGCCUAUUCCACAGAGCUGCUAGGGACGCAGAGAAGUCUUUCUUUGCCAGCCAGUGCCCUCUGCCAUAUAAACCCCACCAUGGUGCAGUGUGGCUGUACAAAAUGACCAUGUUUUGUGCUAAGCAGAUUCUAGCAAAGAGAAGAGCUAAUAGUUGGGUGCCCUGUGGUCUCUUCAUAGUGGGCAGAAGAGACUACGCACUGGGAACUGUAGUUUGCUAGAUUCACCACUGCCUCUUUGUGCUUACCCCGUACCCGGCUCAACUCUGUGUACAGUGGUACCUCGAUUUAUGAUUUAAUCCGUUCCGAACGGACCUUCGUAAGUCGAAAUAAUCCUAUCCAAACUGCAUCCAAAAUGGCGGACGGAACUCUGUUCGUAACUCGAAACAUUCACAAGUGGAGUCAUUUGUAAGUCGAGGUACCACUGUACUGGGUUUUUUUUUGUACUUUUACAAGACUCUUUUAAGGACAGUCGGCCCACGGAGCAACCAUUUUAUAAAUUAAGUGAUUUCUUUAUUAUUAUUUAAAUCGAUUUGCUGGAAAGCGUUGGCCUGGAUGUGAUGGAUAACGACCAUUUACAAUAUAUAAAGAAGCGAAGGUACCAUCGAGCGAUCUCUGUUUGAUUCCCCACCCCCACACAAAAGUAAAAAAAAAAAAAGAGUAAGGGGGAAAAGGUUGAACGUGCA